AUGGUCGGCGCUUCGUUGCUCCAAUCCGACGAUGAUUCCGAUGUUCCCGACUUGGACCUGCGCGGAUCCAACUCCAGACGCCGAAACUUCUUCAACAAGUUUGUGGCUAAUACGUUUUCCUGUUCAAAAUACUCGAAAUUCAGAUCGGGCGGUGGUGACUACGAAGAGAUUCGGCAUCGACGCAAAACGUACAAAACCAUCUUCCUCUUCAGUUUCUUGUUCGUCUUCCUGGUCGCUCUCUACUUUUGUAUACAGCGGUGGCACGAAUUCGAGUGCUUUCCGAUGAAAUCAAAGGUUUCUUUCGAUAUUAUGACAGUUUUCUAAUGAACUAUUGCUUAGGACUGCAUCAAAGUCUGGAAAACGUGCAGGAGAUUCAGCUCGAGCUGCGAAGGGUCAGAAUGCAGUUUGAAGUGAUUCGGGAGGGCGAGAUGGAGCGCAGCGAGAACGGGACGAGAGGAAGUACGACGGAAAUGAUCUACGACAAACUGGCGAACAUUUCCGGCAGAUUCGACGUGCUUUCCGAUGGAUUUCAGAAGGUGAGAAGCCGUCUGGAUAUGUUCCAGAUUCAAAUAUUCCAGAAUUCGAUGAGCAUGGAAGACGUGACGUCGCGGAUGUCUCGAGUGGAGAACAAAUGUCUGGCAGUGUGUCAGCAACAUGAACCGAUGGACAGUUCGCUGGAAAGAUCGGCGGUGCCACGUGGCAGGGAGCAACCACGGAGAAGGCAGGCGGCCGGGAAACGAGCAAAGCAGGAGGAGGAGACGAGAUUGUGUUCAGGAGAAAUGA